CCCCACCUCCACCCCCACCUCACCCACAAAACACAAACUCUUCAAAAAAUGGGCAAAGCAAUAAGGUGGUUGAAGGGGUUGUUUGGGAUAAGAAAAUUAGAGAAUAACCACAAAGAAACUGAAGAAAAGGACAGAAUUAGUACUACAUGUUUUGGCCAUUCAGGUAGAGACACCACCACCGCCACCGUCACCGCCACUGCCACCGCUAUCUCCGCCGCUGCAGGAGGAUUGUGUCACAACCCCACCACUAUACCACCAAAUAUUACACCUGCUGAAGCUGCGUGGUUAAGUUCUUUUUAUGGUCAAGAUUCUGAUAAGGAACAAAGCAAACAUGCAAUUGCAGUGGCAGCAGCCACCGCUGCUGCAGCUGAUGCUGCUGUCGCCGCCGCGCAAGCGGCGGUGGCAGUGGUUAGAUUAACUAGUCAAAGCAGAAACACUGCCGUGUUUGGCCGUGAAAAGUGGGCUGCUACUAAGAUUCAAACCGUCUUCCGUGGAUUCUUGGCAAGAAAGGCAUUGAGAGCAUUAAAAGGAUUAGUGAAACUACAAGCAUUGGUUAGGGGUUAUUUGGUAAGAAAGCAAGCCACUGCUACACUUCAUAGUAUGCAAGCUUUAAUGAGAGCACAAGCUAGUGUUCGUGCCCAAAAAUCUCGAGGAGGUUUCUUCAUAAAUAAUCAAAAUUCUCAUCCCCAAUUUCAAGCCAGAAAAUCAAUUGAACGUUUUGAGGAAUCAAGAAGUGGCCAUACAAUGCAAAGUCAUAGCAGAAGGCUAUCUGCAUCAUUUGAGGCUAAUAACAUAAAUGCAAGUGAAGAAAGUGCAAAAAUUGUGGAAAUGGACACUGGAAGACCAAAAUCAAGAUCCAGAAGAACAAACACUUGGGUUUCUUCUGAUUCUUGUGAUGAUUCUUUCAAACCAAUGCCAGAAUUUGCAGAUUUAGCCAUAACAGCCCAAAGUACACCAAGGUUUGCAAAUUCUUGUGGUUCUAACACGCCAAUUACACCAGCCAAAAGUGUGUGUGGGGAAAGCUAUUAUUUUAGGAAUAAUAAUUAUUAUUAUGACAAUAAUAAUAAUUAUUAUUAUCCUAAUUACAUGGCUAAAACACAAUCAUUUAAGGCUAAAUUAAGGUCCCAAAGUGCUCCAAAACAAAGGCUAGAGCAUGUAAUUGGUCCUAAGAUGAAAAAAGUGUCAUUAAAUGAAAUGAUGGAAUCAAGGGCUUCUUUAAGUGGUGUAAAAAUGCAAAGGUCAUGUUCACAAGCUCAAGACAAAAUCAAUUUCAAGAAUACUAUUAUGGGUAAACUUGGAAAUUCAACAGAGUUCACAAGAUUGCAAGAAAGUGAAAGAGACUAUUCAAAAUGAUGAAAGUUUCAAGACAAAAAAAUAUUCCAAAUAUAGCACUUUUUUAAAGGCUAUAUUUUGUGGUUAACCUAGAAAGAGAAUAGUUGAUAGAGAUAGAACAAAAGGGAAUGUAUGUAAAGUUAUAGGCAUGAUGUGAUUUAAGAUUGCAUUGAACAAGUUUUCGAGGUUGAUUUUUAGUAUUAGUAAUAAUUGUAAUUAUUAAUCUAAAGCUUGUUUUAUUUAACGACU